AUGGAAAUUACGCAUAUUGUCCUGUUUCAGUUCAAAGCUGGCGUGCCUGCCGAGUCUGUUAAUGAUGUGUGCGCGCGAAUGCUUGCAUUGAAAGACAAAUGUAUUCAUCCUACUCGACAACAACCGUAUAUUAAGGCCGCAAAAGGUGGAAGAGAUAACUCAACUGAAGGGUUGCAAGACGGAAUUACCCACGCCUUUGUUGUCGAGUUCGAGAACGACGAAGAUCGAGAUUACUACGCGAAGAAUGAUCCUGCCCACCUGGGGUUUGUGGGCAGUCUGGGUGAAGUUGUUGAGAAAAUUCGAGUUGUUGAUUUUGCCGACGGAGUGUUCUGA